AUGAGGAGAGAGAACCAGAGCAGUGCAUCUGAAUUCCUCCUCCUGGGACUGCCCAUCCAGCCUGAGCAGCAGGGCAUGUUCUUUUCCCUUUUCCUGGGCAUGUACCUCACUACGGUGCUGCAGAACCUGCUCAUCAUCCUGCUCAUCGGGCUGGACUCUCACCUCUACACCCCCAUGUACUUCCUCCUCAGCCACUUGGCCCUCACUGACGUCUCUUUCUCAUCUGUCACUGUCCCCAAAAUGCUGGUGAACAUGCAGACACAGCAUUUAUCCAUCUCCUAUAAAGGGUGCAUUUCUCAGACAUACUCUUUCAUAUUAUUUGCUAACUUGGACAGUUUCCUUAUAACUUCAAUGGCCUAUGACAGGUACGUGGCCAUUUGUCACCCUCUCCACUAUACAACCAUCAUGAGUCACAGUCUUUGUGUCAUGCUGUUGGCAGGGUCCUGGGUCAUUGCUUCUGCUUGUGCUCUUUUGCAUGCCCUCCUCCUGGCCCAACUGUCCUUCUGUGCAGACCACACCAUUCCCCACUUCUGUGACCUUGCUGCCCUGCUCAAGUUGUCCUGCUCAGACACCUCCCUCAAUCAAUUGGUAAUCUUUACUGCAGGUUUGGCAGCCAUCAUGCUUCCAUUCUUAUGCAUUCUGGUUUCUUAUGGCCAUAUUGGAGCCACCAUUCUCCAGGUUCCUUCUACCAAGGGCAUCUGCAAAGCCUUGUCCACUUGUGGAUCCCACCUCUCUGUGGUAACUCUCUAUUUUGGGGCAAUUAUUGGUCUAUAUUUUCUUCCCUCAUCCAGCAAUACCAGUGAGAAUAACAUACUUGCUUCAGUGGUAUACACAGUGGUCACUCCCAUGUUGAACCCUUUCAUUUAUAGCCUGAGAAAUAAAGACAUGAAAGGAGCUUUGAGAAAACUCUUGAGUAAGAAAACAUAUUCUUCCUAG